GCACGUUUAAAAAAUAGGUGGCUACCAGUUUCACCAAACCCAGCCCAUAAACGGGGAAACCAGCUGCCCAGGGGUUGCAACAGAAAUUGUGAAAACACAACUGGUUCCCGUGUCGAAAAAGUCGAACUCCUAGCCUGACCCGGCGUUACCUGUGGACAGAGCUGCAUGUGUCGCUCCGCCCCUGCAGCCCGCGAUGGAGGAACAGGCGCGGAGCUGUCUGCUGCGCUUACGGCCCACCCUGGAGCAGGACAUCAAGGCCGCCUACCUGAUGGAUCACAUGGUCAGCGACGGCGUGCUGGCCGCUGAGGAAGAGGAGAAAGUCAGGAGCAAGUCCACCAGGAGAGAGCAGGCAGCCGCCCUGCUGGAGCUGAUCCUGAGGAAGGACAACCGGGCCUACAUUUCCUUCUACAACGCCCUGAUCCGGGAGAGCUACGGGGACCUGGCGUCCCUGCUGCAGAGGGACCUGCCUCUCACGUCCCCCGAGGGGGAAAAGAGCUUCUCAGAUGGAGGGACUCCCUUUGUCAAUGCCGUGCUCAGUGAAGGCGGGGUCCCCCAGAGGCCUGUGGUGUUUGUCAGCCGGCCCGCCCAGGUGAACCGGAUCCGGGAGAAGCUGUACAAGCUGCAGAAGGCUGCGGGCUGGGUCACGGUGUACGGCAUGGCGGGGUCGGGGAAGUCCGUGCUGGCGGCUGAGGCAGUGAGGGACGACCACCUGCUCAAAGAGUGCUUCCUAGGAGGGGUGCACUGGCUGUCCGUGGGGCAGGUGGACAAGCCGGGCCUGCUGGUGAAAAUGCAGUCCCUGUGCUUCCGCCUGGAGCAGAGCGAGGACGCCGAGUCGGGCAGGAGGCCUCCCGGCUCCGUCGAGGAGGCCAAGGAGCGGCUGCGCUUUCUCAUGCUGCGCAGGUACCCCAGGUCCCUCCUGAUUCUGGAUGAUAUCUGGGACAGCACGGUGCUGAGGGCCUUUGACAUCCAGUGCCGGAUACUCCUCACCACGCGAGACAGGAGCCUGGCGGACUCUGUCAGCGGUCAGAAGUUCGAGGCGCACGUGGAGAGCGGAUUAGAGGAGGACAAGGCGCUGGAGGUCCUCGCUCUCUUCGCGAGCAAGAAGACGCAGAAGCUUCCGGAGCAGGCGCGCAGCAUCGUCAAGGAGUGCAAGGGCUCCCCCCUGGUGGUGUCUCUGAUCGGGGCGCUGCUGAGGGACUUCCCGGACCGCUGGGACUACUACCUGCGGCAGCUGCGCAACAAGCAGUUCAAGCGUAUCCGCAAGUCGUCGUCCUACGACUACGAGGCCCUGGACCAAGCCAUGGACGCCAGCAUCCAGGACCUGCAGGACCAGCAGAGGGAGCUCUACAAGGACCUGACCGUGCUGGAGAAGGACGUCAAAGUGCCCCCUCAGGUCCUCUCUGUCCUCUGGGACCUGGAGCUCGAGGAGGUGGAGGACGUCCUGCAGGAGUUUGUGAACAAGUCCCUCCUGUUCCGCGACUGCAACCGCCGGCCCUACCUGUACUACCUGCACGACCUGCAGCUGGACUUCCUGGCCGAGCAGAACCGCUCCCGGCUAGAGGAGCUGCACACCAAGGUGGUGCGUCAGUACCAGAAACACUACCCAAAGGAACCACCCACCUUGAGGGAAGAGAGCCUCUACUGGAUGAGAUACCUACCCUACCACAUGAGCAAGGCCAACCUCACACAGGAGCUGUGUGCCCUCAUGUUCUCGCUGGAUUGGGUCAGAACCAAAGCUGAAAUCAUGGGACCCGCCCACCUCAUCAAUGACUACGUGGAGUACGGCCCCAUACUAGAUAAAGAGAACAGCACCGUUCGGGGCCAGUUCCAGGAGUUCCUGUCUCUGAACGGACACCAGCUGGAGCAGAGGCCGCUCCCGGACCUGGUGCAGCUCGGCCUGUCCCAGCCCAGCUCCUCGGAGGUGUACCGCCAGGCUCUGCAGCAGGCACAGGAGCGGGCCCGCAGGGGGGAGCUCUACCUCGACUGGGUGAAUAAGAGCAGCCUGGAGAGCUUGUCUCGUCUGGUGGUGCAGCCUCAUCAGGGGUCCAUCUACUACGCCUGCUUCUCCCGGGACGGGAACAAGAUCGCCUCCUGUGGGGCGAGCAGCUCACUGCAGGUGUUCAAAACCACUUCAGGGGAGAAGAUUCUUGAGGUCCAGGCCCACGAUGAUGAGGUGCUUUGCUGCGCCUUCUCUCCUGACGACAAGCUCCUGGCCACCUGCUCCAGCGACAGGAAGGUCAAGAUCUGGAACGCGGAGCGAGGCACGCUGAUCCGGGUGUUCGAGGAGGAGCACGAGGAGCAGGUCAACCACUGCCAGUUCACCAACACCCGGCGCCGCAUCCUCCUGGCAACCUGCUCCAACGACGCCUUCACCAACACCAAGCUGUGGAACCUGAACAAGCCCUCUUCUCAGAACACCAUGUUUGGACACACCGAGCGCGUCAAUCACUGCUGCUUCUCACCUGAUGACACCUACCUGUCCACCUCCUCCAGUGACGGGACACUAAGGCUGUGGGAAGUCUCUUCUGCGAAUGAGUGGAAGUCCAUCGACGUCAAGAGUUUCUUCCCCGACCAGAACGAAGAAACAGAUGUGAUGGUGAAGUGCAGCACCUGGUCUGCGGAUGGGACAUGCAUCAUCUGUGCAGCGAAGAACGUAGUCUUUGUGUUCGACGUGGCCACAGCGGACGUGCUGUCGGAGAUUCGGACGGGCCACCUCAGCACGGUGCAGUUCUGCGACUCGUGUCCCAACAGCCAGCUGGUGGCUCUCGGACUCUCGCACUACGCGGUGGAGCUGUGGGACUUUGGCUCAAACAAGAAGGUGGCGGAUUGCAGGGGCCACCUGAGCUGGGUCCACUGCGUGCGGUUCUCUCCUGACGGGUCGCUCCUCCUCUCCUCCUCCGAUGACCAGACCUUCAGGCUAUGGGAGACCAAGGAAGUCCACACCUCCUCUGCGGUCUCGCUGAAGAGGGACUAUGACGUGCUGUUUGGGCAUGAUGACAUCACAGUGGUUGCCGCAGACAGCAGAAACCGUGUACAGGUGCAGAGUGGGAAGACGGGGGCAGUGCUGUUCCAGUCAGAGGAGCAGGAGUCCCGGAUCCGCUGCACCUGUUUCUGCCGGGACCCCCUGGCCGUGGUUCUGGGGCGCGAGGACGGGGCCGUGCUGACAGGAAGGAUGAGCGCUAGGCAGGUCCUGAGGAGCAUCGGCUACUGGACCCUGGAGUUUCUGAGCCCGCAGAGAGUCUUCAUCCUGGCACUAGGAUUAGAGAGGGGCAGGGUACAGGUGGUAGAGGUGCCCUCAGGGAAGACCCUCUGUUCCCUGUCUGGUCACACCAGGACAGUGCUCUACUGUCAGUUCAGUGCUGACGGACACACGCUCGUCACGUCCUCUGAGGACACCACAAUCAGGGUGUGGAGGUGGAGGACCGGGGAGUGCCAGGUGCUGCGAGGUCACACGGAGCAAGUGAGGAAGUUCUGUCUCCUGGACGAAACUUCCUCCUCCCCUCGGCUCCUGUCCUGGUCCUUCGAUGGCACUGCCAAGGUGUGGGACAUGGCCAGCGGCGAGAUGAUCCGAGACAUGGCCUGCCACCGAGGAGCGGUCCUGUCCUGUGACGUGUCCCCUGGCAGGAACAUGUUCGCCACCGUGUCAGCGGACACGACCGCCAAGAUCUGGAGCUGUGAAUCGUGGGAUACCGCCCACGUGCUGAACGGACACCAGGACUGUGUCCGGAGCUGCCGCUUCUCCUGGGAUGGCGAGGUCCUGGCGACCGGCGACGACAACGGCGAGAUCCGCCUCUGGAACGUACGAGACGGCUCGCUGCUGCGGAUCUGUUCCCGUGGCAACAAGGACUCCAUGGAGUCUCUGCACGGCGGAUGGGUGACCGACCUGCACUUUUCCCCAGACAGCAGAGUCCUCGUCUCCACCGGCGGGUACAUUAAGUGGUGGGAUGUGGAGAAGGGGGAGGCCAUGCAGACCUUCUACACCACCGGCACCAACCUGAAGGGGGUCCACGUGUCGCCCGACUUCAGGACCUUCGUCACCAUCGACAACAUCGGAAUCCUCUACAUCCUGCGGACGGUGGAAUGAUGGGGGAGGGGUAUGUCUCUCACACAAGGGGGGCGUGGCUGAAAUCCAAGUACUUAAUUAACUGUGAAGAUGAUUCCUGAUAAGGUGUUUUAUGCACACUAUUACACUGCUAAAUAUAUUACGAUAGGAAUGAUAAUGGAGGAACAUCAAAAGCCAAUGUGAUUUUUUUACUGCAUUAGAUUCAGUGUUGAUGUAAGCAUGCAUUAGGGGGAUUUAUUUGUACUUUAUAAAUUUCUGCUGGGAUUUUUAUUUUGAUGAUUUACUUGAACUAUUCAUGAUAAACCUGUGGAGUGGCCUUAUUCAUUAAGUUAUUUGCAGAUUUGAGAAAGUUGAAAUUUCUUUCUCCAAAGAACGGAUUUGGUCUUUGGUGUCUGCUUGUACAUUUUGGUGCUUUAUAUCAUUCGGAAACCAGGGCUGUUUAAUUAAUCUACCUAAGAAUUCCCUUUCCCUUUCCCUUUCAUUCUGACAAGUUGUUCCAGAACUC